CUCCACUACACAAUAGACAAACAAGCAUGAUCGCCCGCACUCCAGCAACGACAUUCCGAGCAGUCAGCUCCCUCAGACAGGCACCCAGUAGCGUAGCGCAGCGCUGGCAAUCUACGGCGACGACCAGGCCCGCCACUCCUCUCCGCCUGGCCAAUGCUUUGCCCCGCGCUCGCGCCGCCGCCACCACAACCUCCUUCAGCGGCCGCCCUGGCUUCUCAGCAGCGGCAUCAUUUUCUACUUCGACUCCCAGCUUCAAGUCAGCGCAGGACAAGGAACACCCGCAGUCCCUCUGGUACCACUCCCUUUCCAACGGCAAGUACGCUGUCACCUACUCCUCCACCCCACCUCCCUCCGCCGAGCAUCCCUCGGUCAUUGCCUCGUUCAACGCAGACGAAAAGGUGGACCCGAUCGCGCAUGCUAGAGAGAAUCCGGACGAUGUUCAUGCCAAUGGUCCCUUCUGGGACCUGCUGCAUAAGACGCUGAAGGAGGAUGUGGUGGCUAAGGGGAAGGAUCCGAUUUUGCAACAGGAGGCGGAUCUCCGAGAGGAAGGAUGGGCGCAUCUGGGUGACGGACGACACCAGACGAUGCCUGGACGAAUCCCGACUCCAGACGCAAUUAUUGCCUCUGUCUCCUUUACAGGCGGUAAGCUGGCCCCAGAGUCAUACACGGUCAACGGAACGCAUCGCGCCGUCACCAAGGAGGAGGGCUUCGUGGUGCUGCGUGACACCUGGUUCGAAGCAAUCAAGGCUGCGUUGAGCAAGGCCAAGUAGAGACGGACGACUCGUGAUGGGAAGACAGGGACGUCUGAAAGACGAAUCGUAAAGUCGUAUUAUCAUUGAAGCGCCAACGGCUUAGUACAUCUCGAGGUUGGCUCCGUCGUGGAUCUCGUCUGCUCGCGUGUGUUAGAGAGGGCCAAGGGUCAGCUGCCGAUCCCAUGUAUACGAUGAAAGCUGCCACACCGGCUCACAAUCGCCCAACGUGAUAUGGUCCUUGAAUACGGUGUACCACUUCUUGAGCUGUAUCUUCUCCGGGCUGGUACCAGUCUGGGCGGCAAUGAGCUUCUUUA